AUGUUCAUCCUCGUCGACGCUUUGUAUGAUCUUUGUUCUCAGCCUUGCAGCACAAUUGUGCUAGAAGAAGAUGCUUGUCUACUGCUGAACUUAAUAAAAGUAUUGCGACUGCGUAUUGCAAAUCUCAGGCCUUAUUUAGGAGCCGACAUUCGCCAAUAUGAAUUCGAUGCAGCACGCCUGAUGCUCAUGCCGCCCGAGAAAAAAAGAGUAAUAACGACGCAAGAAGGGACACAAUCGAGAAAACGGAAGUCCGGGACUUGCCUGAGAAAGAUUGAUUCCUUUUUUGUGGUUUUGCUCACAGAUGUAUGA